ACGCCAGCGCCCGCAGGGGCACGAUGUGACCGGGAAGACCCGGAGGACGCGACGGACAGAACCGAGAGGAUCGCUCGCCGGUUUUAUGCCCUCGACCCUUGAGCGCAUAAAGGCGUAUAAUUAAGGUGCAGAGGAGCACUGCUGCUGCUCAACAUGGAGAUGAGGACGGAGGUAGCGGUGACGACGUCGUCCCCGAGGACGACGGCGACGAGAAGCUACGCCCAAGGGCCUCGGACUCGCGUCAAUGUCUUGUGCAACGAGUCCUCCUCUCUGCCGAUGAUGACGACGAUGAUGAUGAUGCUGCUGCUGCUGCUUGCCCUUGGUCUACAAGAGGGCCGGGCGCAGCUGCUGGACGCGGGCUUCCACCCGACGGUCACGGCCAUGUGCCAGCACGGCAACAUGAAUAUACGGGUGAACUUCAACCAGAGCUUCGUUGGAGCGCUGCACGCGCGAGGCCACAACAAGGAUUACAGGCGGCCACCCUGCAUGAUGGCCGGCAACGGGUCCACGCAGAUAAGCCUGAGCAUCGACCUCUUCGCCAUGCCGGACUCGCCCGACUACUGCGGCAUCAUCGUCAACAACCGCACGGACGAACGCUCGCUUUCGAUAGCUGUGAGGAUCCACAAAACUCUCGAACUGGCCGACGACAAGUUUUACGUAAUAACGUGCGGCAACACCAAGUACAGAAACGCCAGAAAUGAAACGUCCUUGGUGUCCUUGCGGCUACUGGACGGCUCCUCGCGGCGAGUGCAAGAGGCCAUUUUCGGGCAUAACUACACGCUGCGCGCCGAGAUAUCGCCGGUCGAUGGUGCUUAUGGUUUUCGAGUGAAGUCGUGUCUAGGCUUCGACACCGACAACCACAACGUCACGAUUAUCGACGAGAGAGGGUGUCCCGACAAAGCGAAAUUCAUCUCAAAAUUCGUCUACAAUCGAAAUGCCGGAACGGCCGAGGCUAUGCUCUCGGCGUUCCGAUUCUCCGAUACGCAAAAGCAACUGCAUCUCCAGUGUGAAAUCGUACUUUGUAAAGAAAGCUGCGGCGAGCCCGUCUGCGACGGCGAUGAAAACGCCGUUGGAAUAAAGAACGGCAAUUUUGCGCCAACCAAAGGACAAAUAGUACCGAGAGAGGAAGAGGCGGUCCUGCACGCCGGAACGAGCGUAUUUGUUCUUAGCCCUGGCGACACUCCCAUGCUGCAGCCGCUAUGCGACGACGGUGCCGUGCACCCGGGUUGGCUCCUCUGGCUCGCCAUCGCCCUGGGCAUCCUUCUCCUCAUAAUGUUCAUAAUCAACAUCUUCCUCUGCUCGGCGAUGACAUGCAGCUGCGCGCGCACGGAGAUCAUCGAGAAGGAGCCCUCGAUCAUCGAGGACUACGAUCCUUAUCGCAGUUGGCACGGAUCUCAGUAUGGCUCUAGGUACUCGCUGAACGGCAAGCCCGGCUACACGUCCGGCGGCUCGACGAUGAACUCGACGCGCUCCAUUUCCACGAACAGCGAUCACUACGCGAUUGUGCACUCGCGGCCGGGCAGCCGUUACUCCGGGCCUGCGCACAAGCAGCACCAUCACCACCAUCAUCGGGGCUCCUCGUCCAACAUCGGCUCGCAUUACUCCGCCAAGUGACGAGACGCCAAAAGGAACGACGGACCUGGUGCGAUUGCCGAGCACUUGGCUAAGGAUUUUUCAAGAAUUGCGC